AUUAAUAACGGGCAAAACCUUAUCUUCCCUAUUUGUUGCCUUGGCCCUCUCUCUCAUUAUUUUUUUCUUUCUCACAUUAUUAAGGCAUAAUAUGGACAGAGAGAGAAGGAAGAGGAAGACUGUAGAGAAUGAGAGAUUAGAAGAAGAAGAAGAAGAUGAAGAUGAAGAGGAGAAAAUAGAGAAGUUUUUUGCACUUAUAAGAAGCACUAAAGAUAUACGUGACCGUUUGUUAGCAAGAAAUCAUGUAGUAGAGAGAUCAAAGAAUUUGGAAGACAAUAAUAGAAGAGCAUCAGUUCAUAACAAUUUCCAUCAUCCACAUGAUUUCAUGGAAACUUAUGCUUCUGCAACUGCAGGUCCUUCCACUUCUAACUCCAAGAAACAACAACACAAAGAAGAAGAAGGAAGAGGACAAGAAGGGGAAGAAGAAAAUUUAGGAAGAAAAGAGGGUUCUAGUGAAGAAAAAAAUCGUAAUAUGUUGGACUUGGACCUCAAUCUUUCAUUGUAAUGUAGCUUUUCUUGAAUUUCUAUGUUCUAAGCAAGAUAUUAUUAAGAAUCCCACAUCAGAUAUGAGAUGAGUGAUUGGUGUUCUUAUAUGUUUUUGGACAAUUCUCAUCCGAGCUAAUUUUUAAGGUUGAGUUAAACCUAAAGUUCAUUUCUUUACGGAUGUUAUCUUUUACUA